AUGAGGACUUUUAUUCUAAAAAUUGCUUUACCAAAGCAUAUCGAUAUAGAUGGCGAUGGCAUUCCAAACGAAGAAGAUGAGGACAUUGAUGGAGAUGCUAAACCUAAUGAACAAGACGAUGAUAUGGAUGGAGACGGCAUACUAAAUAUUCAUGAUGAUGAUAUUGAUGGCGAUGUGAUACCAAAUGAAAAAGAUCCCGACAUCGAUGGUGAUGGUGUACUAAAUAUACAUGAUACAGAUUUAGAUGGCGAUGGUGUUGAAAAUGUUGUGGAUGAUGAUAUAGAUGGAGAUGGUGUUAAAAAUAUUCAUGACGCUGACAUCGAUGGUGAUGGUGUGCACAAUGUUCAUGAUGACGAUUUAGAUGGGGAUGGCAUUCAUAAUGAAAAAGAUGAUGAUAUCGACGGUGAUGGAAUACCAAAUCAUAAGGACACAGAUAUAGACAGUGAUGGUAUAUCGAAUCAUGAAGACAAUGAUAUUGAUGGCGAUGGAAUUCCGAACGAAAAUGAUCAUGAUCAUCAUAAACCUGAGGCUAUGCAUAAGAUCAUCGAUGUAGAUGGUGAUGGGAUACCAAAUGAAGAGGACGAUGAUAUAGAUGGUGAUGAUAAACCUAACGAACAAGACGACGAUAUGGAUGGUGAUGGUAUUUUGAAUAUUCAUGAUGAUGAUAUAGACGGUGAUAUUAUACCAAAUGUGAAAGAUCCAGACAUGGAUGGUGACGGCAUUUUAAACAUACAUGAUUCUGAUAUAGACGGUGAUGGAAUAGCUAAUACUAUCGACGAUGAUAUAGAUGGAGAUGGUGUAAAAAAUAUUCAUGAUGACGAUAUCGAUGGUGAUGGUGUCCACAAUAUCCAUGAUAAUGAUUUGGAUGGUGAUGGUAUUCCAAAUGAGCAUGACGAAGAUAUUGAUGGUGAUGGAAUUCCAAACCAUAAGGACCCAGAUAUAGAUGGUGAUGGAAUUUCAAAUCACGAAGAUCAUGAUGUUGAUGGUGAUGGAAUUCCCAAUGAAAAAGAUCACAAUGAAUCGAAAUCUAAGGCAAUGCCUAAAAAGAUCGAUUUGGAUGGUGAUGGAAUUCCAAACGAGGAUGAUGAUGAUAUCGAUGGUGAUGUUAUUCCAAACGAACAAGAUGAUGACAUGGAUGGUGAUGGAAUUUUAAACGUACAUGAUGAUGAUAUUGAUGGUGAUGUUAUACCAAAUGAAAAGGAUUCGGAUAUGGACGGUGAUGGUGUUUUAAAUAUUUAUGAUAGCGAUUUAGAUGGCGAUGGAGUUGCAAACAUAAUAGAUGAGGAUAUAGAUGGCGAUGGAAUUAAAAAUGUGCAUGACUCGGACAUAGAUGGCGAUGGAGUACAUAACAUAAACGACACUGAUUUAGAUGGUGAUGGUAUUUCAAAUGAGCAUGAUGAAGACAUUGAUGGGGAUGGCGUGCCUAAUAGAAAGGAUACCGAUAUAGAUAGUGAUGGUAUUUCCAAUUUAAAAGAUCACGAUGUAGAUGGCGAUGGUAUUCCUAAUGACAAAGAUGUUGAUAAACACAAGGUGGAGGCCUUGCCUAAGGCAAUCGAUUUGGAUGGUGAUGGCAUCCCCAACGAACGAGAUGCCGAUAUUGAUGGCGAUGUUAUUCCUAAUGAUCAGGAUGAUGAUAUCGAUGGUGAUGGGAUUCUCAAUGUACAUGAUGAUGAUAUUGAUGGUGAUGUAAUUCCAAAUGAACAUGAUUCGGAUAUGGAUGGUGAUGGCAUUUUGAAUACCGAGGACUCUGAUUUAGAUGGUGAUGGCGUAGCCAAUGUUAUCGAUGAUGAUAUAGAUGGCGAUGGAGUCAAAAAUAUACACGAUUCAGAUAUUGAUGGAGAUGGUGUACAUAAUGUUCAUGAUAACGACUUUGAUGGCGACGGCAUUCCAAACGAUCAGGACGAUGACAUCGAUGGCGAUGGCACUCCAAACAGUAAGGAUAAUGAUAUCGAUGGUGAUGGUGUUUCUAAUAUCGAAGACAGUGAUAUUGAUGGUGAUGGUAUUCCUAAUCACAGAGAGGCUGUUAGGUUCAAACGGGAGACGAAAUCUCAAAGAAUCAGGGGUCUUUUCCAUAAAAACAUUCUGACGGUUGUUAAUUUGUUGGGUAAAAAUAGUUCAUAUUUCCAUAAUAUUAAUUUAAUAGGCUUUGCCUAA